CAACGAAGACAGUGCUACUUCUGCAAUUGAAAGUGUGGGUUGAAGAUUAAUUCUAAGAGUGAAGGUCAUUUUAUUAACAUUGUUUAGUGUUAGUGUAUUUUGUUUGAUUUAAAAAAAAUAAGAAUUCCCAUAAAACUUAUUGGAAUUAAUUUUCUAAUCUACCAAAUUAGUUAGAAUGGCCCCUGUAAAAUUCUAUCAUAUGCCAAAAGGAGCUCCAUCCCGUGCAGUUGCCUUAACCAUUCGAAAUCUCAAACUCGAUGUUGAAAUAAUUGAAAUUGAUGUCUUAAAUGGCGAGCAAAUGUCUCCGGAAUUUGUAAAAAUUAACCCUCAACACACUGUUCCCACAAUAGACGACAAUGGAUUUAUUUUGUGGGAAUCACGAGCUAUUAUCACUUAUUUGGUUAACUCCAAAGCUCCUGGAAAUUCUCUCUAUCCAACUGAUACCCAGAUCCGAGCUACAAUAGAUGCUCGUUUAUAUUUUGAUGCCUCAACUUUGUAUGCUAGAGCGAGGGAAAUCAUGUUUCCUAUUCUUUUCCUUGGCGUUAAGACGGUGGAUGAGGAUAAGAAACAAUCCCUCUAUCAAGCAUUUGAAUUAAUGGAUACUUUCUUAGAAGGCCGAACGUGGUUUGCUGCAGAUCAUCCCAUUCUUGCUGAUUUAUCAAUUUUGGCUUCUUUUUCGACAUUUGUGUAUUGUGGAGCUAACGUUAGCAAGUACAAAAACAUCCAAGCUUGGUACAAGCGGUGUGAAUCUCUGCCAGGAUUCGAUGAGAACGAAAGUGGCGCCAAAGGAUUUGGCAAAGUGGUCAAGGAGAAAAUCGGCAUUACAGGCACAUGGGAUUGAGAUGCAUUAAUAUUCCAUCCGUUAUAUGUUUUCAUCAUGCUCAAAAGUAUGUUUGUUAUGCUGUUUCACUCAAUAUCGAUUAAUCGAUGAAUCGGGCAGGUUUGUGUCUCGGGUUGUGCUCAUCGUUAGAUGGUUCUAACGUUAUGUGGAGAAUAUACAUAUAAGAAGAAAAUAUAAAAGAGAUAAGCAAGAAUAUGUAGUAUAGGAGUAAAGAAAAAAAUAGCCACGAUUAUAUAGCAUAGCGUGGUAUGCGUGA